AUGGAGUCCCCCACUUACCCUCCAGAGUCUCCCAUGGAGCAGGAGGAUAUCCCCUUCCCUUGCAAGGGCUGUGGAGAGAUUUUGGAAGAAGGCAAGGCCUUUGAGCUGGCCGGAAACCGAUGGCAUAUAGACUGUUUUCGCUGCAGCUCGUGCACUACGCUACUAGACUCGGAUGCGCAUCUCCUCCUUCUCGGCGACGGGUCGUUGAUCUGCAGUAACUGUACAUACAGCUGCAGUUCAUGUGGAAAUAAGAUCGAGGACUUGGCUAUCUUGACCGGCGAGCAAGCGUUCUGUGCCCAAUGCUUUCGAUGCCGGAACUGCAAAAGAAAAAUUGAGAAUCUACGCUAUGCCCGAACGUCGCAGGGAAUAUUUUGUAUGGAUUGCCACGAGUCUUUGAUGCAACGACGCAGGAAAAAAAAUCGUACCAUAGCUGCAAAGAAGCACGCCGGUCCCAAUGUGAAGCUAGACAAAUCGCUCCCCUCGCUACCCCCUGAAGAAGCCGAUUCUAUGUUACAAGCCGCCGAUGACAUCGACCUUGAUGGAUAUGGCGAAUCGACGAUAGAGAUUGGCUCUCGGAAGGCAGUGCCUGCGCUGGACGCAGGAAAAUCCUCAAUUACUACUGAUAAUCAGGAUAAUUUGAUCCUACCGGCAAGCACAUACCGCAGCAACCGACACUCUGUUGUGCCUACCGAGUCCGAUGCAGACGGGGGGGAAUUUCUAAUCCCUCUUGCGUUUGAUCCUUCAGAAGAACAGCGACCGCCUCGCGGCACUUCUAGUAGCCGCACUAGGUCCCCAGAGCGCCUACCGAUAGAGAGCUCCUCUCCCCACAUUGCCUACCAGGAGAAAGGUCGUGAUCGCCCAGAGCGCGAAUCCCAACGCUGGCGUCAAGAGGAGUCUUUGAACAGAACGGCAAGGUCAAGCUCUGCCCGGAGCUCUAGAUCGGACAUCCCACUAGGGCAUAAGGGGACUGGGUCUUAUUCAUCCGCGUUGGAGAGCGGCAAGUCGUCAACGACCAUUGGAAGAGAUGGUUCGACUCUUGAUUCACAAAGGUCUACAGCAGUAGAGAGUUCGACUACAUUACCUACUCGCCCAUCUUAUGAGCUUCGCCGUCUCCAUGACAAUGGAGGGUCUUCGGACUCGGCUGGAUUUGCCCAUCCCAAACGAGGCGAUUCGCUGGAAAGCAGACAGCAUAAGGUCCCUCGGAAGGAGGUCACGCGAUCUCCCGGUGCAAGUUCAGUCAGUCCAACUGACCAGUGGAGUGAAAGGUCUGGGGAUGCGCGCAACAAAGGCACCCCCCAGGCCGGCGGGUCGCCCCGUAUCCAGCGUAACGAUUCCUAUGAUCAAACAAAAGCUCGCGCGCGUCCGAAUUCAAUCAGCACGCCACAGCCGCCAGGCGGAUUCCGCUCUGCUGACCAGGGUGGUACCCCGACGACCUCUCCUCUACGCUACAGUGGCGGGGGCGACUUUUCUAUGGACGAGGAUAUGGCACGAAUUAUGGGCUCAGAUGAACACCCCUCCCAAUCGAACCAGGAAACAGACGAAUUGACAUGGCUUCGGAGUGAGUUACGCAAGGAGCGUCAACGAGUUCAGGAGCGGGAUCAAAAAAUCACAGAGAUGGAGUCUGUCAUAAGAGCCACGGCGGACGUGAAGCAGGUCAACACGGAAUUGAAUGAGAAACGCUCAACCAUGGUGGUGUUGGAUGCCAAAAAGGAAAUCGUUAUGAGGGAGCUCAGCGUUUUGACCGAACACUUAGAAUCCGAAAAGCGCGGCGGAAAUAGUGGUCCUCUCGACGUGAGCAAACUCACCAAUAAGGCUCUGCGAGACUUCGUCGAAUCUAUCCAGAGUCUGAAAGAUUCGUUCACACCUCAGAUUGAAGAAUUGGUGCAGAAGCGCAACGAGGCCGCCGAGGAGCUUGCGAAGAUUAACCGCAUGAAGGAUAAGAGCUUCCAAGAAUUCGAGCAGCUUUCUUCGAAGAAUGCCCAGCUAGCCGAAUUGAACAACCAGCUUGUGCAUCAAAUCCAAGAGCUUUACAAGGCAAACAACAAUGAUGGAGGUCGCGGAACCAAUGGCCUUGGAAUAUACUCGCACGGCAAGGAGAAGUCUUUAUCCUCAAUCGAUGCAUUGAAGGCCGCAGGCGAUUUACCGCCAUCCACAUCGACCCCUAAUAUGUCCGAAGAGGCUGAACCUGCCACCGUUGUCCCGGGACCCCAAGUUGUCAGCAUCCGCAAAGGACAACCGCGCAAGUUCAAUUGGAAAAAGGGAGGCCAGAACGUUGCCAAAGGCGUUACGAAAGGGCUCAAAGGGGCGUUCAUGUCUAGCGAAAGCAAUGCUGGUGGCGCGGACGGUGCCACAACCUUGCCGCGUUCCCAAACGCAAGAUCCUAGUCGCCCAGGCUUUGGGUUCUUUGGAAACCAGCGUAGCAAACAGGGAGGAACAAGGAUGCCCACCACUGAUAGUGUCCCAAUGCUAUCUGAAGGCUCACCAGGAGGACUCUUUGGAACCGAUUUGGAACAGCGCAUGGAGCACGAGAAAAGCAUCAUUCCGGGUAUCAUCACCCGUUGUAUUCAGGAGGUUGAAUUACGAGGCAUGGACAUGGAAGGCAUUUACCGUAAAUCUGGUGCUAGCUCAGCUAUCCAGACAAUCCGGGAAGGCUUUGAGCGGUCUCCUCAGGAUUAUGAUAUUUCGGACCCGGAUCUUGAUAUUCACGCAGUGACAUCGGCGCUUAAGCAGUACUUCCGCAAACUACCGAUGCCGCUGAUCACGUAUGAUGUAUACGAGAGGAUCAUUGAAACAGGAGAGAUUACUUCGCACUCCGGUAGGGUUGAAACGUUACAAAAGAACCUCGGAGAGCUACCGCGUGCUCACCAGGACGUGCUUGAGUUCCUCGUGUUUCAUCUGAAGCGUGUUGUGGAGCGGGAGAAGGAGAACUUGAUGACGAGCCAGAACAUUGCCGUCGUUUUCGCACCCACAAUCAUGAGGCCACAGAGUUUGGCGCGGGAGAUGACGGAUGUCCAGAAGAAGAACGAGGUGGUCAAAUUCCUGGUGGACAACUGCCAGGAAGUGUUCAUGGGCAUGCAGAACAACGCCUAA